GUUGUGCAAACGACGCUACCAAGUUCUAAGAGGGUCGCCGGAAAAACACUCCUGAGGUGUUCGAGUCGUGGGACUCACCGGACGGCGAAUGACGGGAGCAAUCGCAAAAGAAAAAGGGAUAAGAGCGUGACAGACGAUCUUAUUGAUUCGAAAAAACGAAGGCUUCGGCCAUUACGGGGUGGAGAUUCUGGUUACCACCUUCGUCAGCCAUGGAGGACAAAGAUCCGGGGCUGAGUAAUUGCAAUUCCCAGAAGAGGAUGCCUGGUCCAGGGGGAAUUGUGUUCGCAAUCUACCCUUAGGGGUGCAAACUAAAACAGAUCCGCAGACGCCUUCUUUUGAGACCUGGCGGUCGGAUCCUGUUCGAAAUUCAAGAGAGAUGGAAGUUCCCUUAGGGGAAAUGAUGUUUUCAAAACUAUGGGGAAAAAGAACGGUGGAUUUGCGCCCAAUUCCCAAAUCGCUGGCGGCCGUCGAAGCGCAGCGUGAGGCUAGUGCGGUCAACGUUGUCAUUGCCGGUGAUCAGCUGAGAAAUACCGAAAUUUUCUCAUCCUGGCAAAUACCCAACCCGGAUUUGUUGGGAUUGAUAUCGGAUUGGAGGGGGGGAGGGGGGAUUCGGAAUAAAAACCGUUCCUUGACAACCAACCUGGGGAAUCAGAGUUGUAAUCCAACUCUAACAGGAAAACCCGGUAUGAGAGAUACACGGCUCGGCCAAUCCCCUUGGCGGUUGCCCUCUUUAAAUAUCAAUCUCCUGGCUGCCAAUUCCCUACCCCAUAAGAACAAAGCAGUUGCGUGGAACGUGCUGGUGACGACUUGGUCGAGAAUCCAGCUCGCUAAGCACGAAGGAGAUAGUUCGCCAGGAAACUACGAUGGUUCGCAUUACUGAAGACCAGGUAGUUCAAUUUUCCCUGGAAGAGGUGCAAUCGGUGAAAUUCCGAGCUUCUCGAUCGUUGCUGGGCCGCCUUUUCACGGACUCCAUUGUCACACCAGCGGAACUGCGUGAGGCACUGAUCGUUGCUUGGCAAAUCAAGGGCCAACUUCGCGUCUCCCUCGCCAAACAUGGCCUCUUUGAAAUCGUGCUGCCAUCCACUGAAGCACGGGUUUGGGUUCUCAAACAAACCCCGUGGGUAGUCUUAGAUGCCAUUCUCCAUCUGCGGCCGUGGUCGUCGACCAUCACUUUGAGCACAUUUGAAGACUUGGCCACUGCCCCUUUUCGGGUGCAGCUUUGGAAUGUAAGGGAAGACUGCUGCACCAAACAAUUUGGUCAGAAGAUGGGGCAGGGCACCAUUGAGCAAGUUCUUGAAUCCGGUGUCUUUGCUUCGAAUGAUACCAAUGAGCAGUUUGUGAAGGUGAGGGCAGUGAUUGACUUCACAAAGCCAUUGCGAUCUCAAAUCAGGGCUGCCAGUGAAGAGCUUGAUACCUUCUGGGUGAACUUGAAGUAUGAAUUUUUGCCGAUGCUGUGUUAUCACUGUGGUCGAGUGGGGCAUUCGAAGCGGGCCUGUGCUUUUGAUCCCCCGGCUGGAAAAGAGAGAUUUGGUCCUCACAUGUCAACUCGCAAGAUUGAUAGAAGGGUUUAUGAGCAGGAGAAUGAGACUGGGAAUUUCAGGAAAAACCAUACUUCGGUUUGGGUUAACAGGAGCGCGCCGAUGCUUGGUGGUGGCCCAAGGAGGGCCCAGGCGAAGAACAUCUUGGAG